AUGUUUGCGGUCCACUUGCUGGCGUUUUACUUCACCAAGCUGAAAGAAGAUCAGAUCAAAAAGGUGGACAGGUUCCUGUAUCACAUGCGGCUUUCUGACGAGAUCCUUUUGGACAUCAUGGCGCGGUUCCAGGCUGAAAUGGAGAAGGGCCUAGGGAAGGACACCAACCCCACAGCUUCUGUGAAGAUGCUACCCACUUUUGUCAGGGCCAUUCCAGAUGGCUCAGAAAAUGGGGAGUUCCUUUCUCUGGAUCUUGGAGGAUCCAAGUUUCGAGUCUUGAAAGUGCAAGUCUCACAAGAGGGGAAACGAAACGUCCAGAUGGAGAGUCAGUUCUACCCAAUGCCCAAUGAAAUCUCUCGGGGGAAUGGCGUGGAGCUGUUUGACUAUGUCGCUGACUGCCUGUCCGAUUUUAUGAAGCACAAAGAGUUGAAGCAUAAGAAGCUGCCUCUGGGCUUUACCUUCUCCUUUCCCUGCAGACAGACAAAGCUAGAAGAGGGCGUCCUGCUUUCUUGGACUAAGAAGUUCAAGGCACGUGGAGUUCAGGACACUGACGUGGUGAGCCGUCUGACCAAUGCCAUCAAAAAGCAUAAGGACCUGGACGUGGACAUCCUGGCCCUGGUCAAUGACACUGUGGGUACCAUGAUGACGUGUGCCUACGAUGAUCCCUACUGCGAAGUCGGUGUCAUCAUUGGCACUGGCACCAACGCCUGCUACAUGGAGGACAUGAGCCACAUCGACCUGGUGGAAGGCGACGAGGGCAGGAUGUGCAUCAACACGGAGUGGGGGGCCUUCGGGGACGACGGGUCCCUGGAGGACAUCCGCACUGAAUUUGACAGGGAGCUGGACCUUGGCUCGCUCAACCCAGGGAAGCAACUGUUUGAGAAGAUGAUCAGUGGUCUGUACCUGGGGGAACUUGUCAGGCUCAUCUUGCUGAAGAUGGCCAAGGCUGGUCUACUGUUUGGCGGUGAGAAAUCCUCUGCUCUCCACACCAAGGGCAAGAUCGAAACACAGCAUGUGGCUGCUAUGGAGAAGUAUAAAGAAGGCCUUGCUAAUACAAGGGAGAUUUUGACAGAUUUGGGCCUAGAGCCCUCUGAGGCUGAUUGCAUUGCUGUCCAGCACGUCUGCACCAUCGUCUCGUUCCGCUCUGCUAACCUCUGUGCAGCGGCCCUGGCGGCCAUCCUGACCCGUCUCCGGGAGAACAAGAAGCUGGCAAGACUCAGGACCACCGUGGGCAUGGACGGCACUGUCUACAAGAUACACCCUCAGUACCCCAAACGUCUGCACAAGGUGGUGAGGAGGCUGGUCCCAAACUGUGAUGUCCGUUUCCUCCUGUCAGAGAGUGGCAGCACCAAGGGAGCCGCGAUGGUGACAGCAGUGGCUUCCCGUGUCCAGGCCCAGCGGAAGCAGAUCGACAAGGUGCUGGCUUUGUUCCAGCUGACCCGUGAGCAGCUUGCUGGUGUGCAGGACAGGAUGAGAGCUGAGCUAGAGUAUGGACUGAAGAAGAAGACCCACGCACUGGCCACAGUCAAGAUGCUACCCACCUAUGUCUGUGGGAUGCCUGAUGGCACAGAGAAAGGAAAGUUUCUUGCCCUGGACUUGGGAGGAACUAACUUCCGGGUCCUCCUGGUGAAGAUCAGAAGUGGGCGGAGGUCAGUGCGCAUGUACAACAAGAUCUUUGCCAUCCCCCUGGAGAUCAUGCAGGGCACUGGUGAAGAGCUCUUUGACCACAUUGUGCAGUGCAUUGCUGACUUUCUGGACUACAUGGGCCUCAAGGGAGCCCAGCUACCCUUGGGCUUCACCUUCUCCUUUCCCUGCAGGCAGAUGAGCAUUGACAAGGGAACACUCAUAGGAUGGACCAAAGGCUUCAAAGCCACUGACUGUGAAGGGGAAGACGUGGUGGACAUGCUCAGGGAGGCUAUCAAGAGGAGAAAUGAGUUUGACCUGGACAUCGUUGCAGUGGUGAAUGAUACAGUGGGGACCAUGAUGACCUGUGGCUAUGAAGAUCCUAACUGUGAGAUUGGCUUGAUUGCAGGCAGUGGGAUCCAGCAGUGUGUGAUUGCCUGUGGUUACAUCAAUGACAUGCCCUCCUAUGGCAGACUGCAGAAACAGGCCAGGGCUGAUUUCCCUGCCCUCACCAGCCUUGUUUAUCCCUCUUCUCCCAGAUAUGAGAAAAUGACCAGUGGGAUGUACCUGGGGGAGAUUGUACGGCAAAUCCUGAUUGACCUGACCAAGCGGGGUCUCCUCUUCCGAGGGCAGAUCUCAGAGCGUCUCCGGACCAGGGGCAUCUUUGAGACCAAAUUCCUGUCCCAGAUUGAAAGCGACCGGUUGGCUCUUCUCCAGGUCAGGAGGAUCCUGCAGCAGCUGGGCCUGGACAGCACAUGUGAAGACAGCAUCAUAGUAAAGGAGGUGUGUGGAGCCGUGUCCCGGAGGGCAGCCCAGCUCUGUGGUGCGGGCCUAGCUGCCAUUGUGGAGAAAAGGAGAGAAGACCAGGGGCUGGAGCACCUGAAGCUCACCGUGGGUGUAGAUGGCACCUUAUACAAGCUCCACCCUCACUUCUCCCGGGUGCUGCAGGAGACGGUGAAAGAAUUAGCCCCUAAGUGUGAUGUGGCAUUCAUGCUGUCGGAAGACGGCAGUGGAAAGGGGGCAGCUCUGAUCACCGCGGUGGCCAAACGAUUACAGCAGGCGCACAAGGAGUUCUAG